UGGAAAUCAUUUGUGGCUCAACAAAAGCCAAUAUAAAAUUGCAUUUGCAUAUGUGUGACUGUGCGCGCGCAUACCUUUCCAUGUGCAUGUGUCUGGGUGUUUUUUGAACACCCACACACCCUCAUAGAAUGGAAUGAGUGUGACUAUGUAUGCGUGUGCGUGUGUGUGUGUGUGUGUCUGAGGGGGAGGAAAGUGCAUGAAGUAAAUGGGAGGGAUGUAACCUGCCUCACCAAGGUAUAAAUUACAAGAGUUUUGCGGUGUGUUGAUCUGGGAUGUAUGUUUGAUCUGGGGACAGAUCAAGCAGCUCUUUCAUCAGCUACAGAACUACUUGAAGCACAAAGACGCACUGAUGGGGCAGUUUGUGUCCAAACGUAACGUACAGACCCAGGGUGUGCAAUUCUCCACCAAUGAGGAGGGACCUCCCAGGUACUCCUCACACCACUUUAACGGCAGCACCGUAAAUGGAGGCAAUGGGCUCCGAAUCCCUCCCACCAUCGUCGUCUCCGAUGAGUCCAGUACAGCAGAGCGUCGCGGCUCCAGGGCAGAGCUGCGCAGGUCCUCCGUCUACAGCACCAUGGACCUGGUGCCCCAGCUGGAGCAUUACGCCAACUCUUUGCCACGCCAGAUGAUAAAGAGCAGGCCGUCUCUUGAAACCCUGCGCAAGACGCCUGAGGUUGUGGAGAUCGGAAUGGACGGAGUGUCCGCCUCCAACUCAGGCAGCCUGCCGGGACCAGAUAUGGAAAACGAAGAGUCUGAAGGUCCUAAGGGCAAAGCUCCAGUUAGAUUUGGCUGGAUAAUCGGGGUCAUGGUCCGCUGCAUGCUGAAUAUUUGGGGGGUUAUCUUGUUCUUGCGUCUGUCAUGGAUCACGUCUCAGGCGGGCAUUGUGUUGACGUGUGUAAUUAUCGGGAUGUCUGUGGUGGUGACCUCUGUGACUGCGCUGUCCAUCUCUGCUAUUGCCACCAAUGGGAGGGUGAAAUCAGGCGGUGCGUAUUUCAUGAUCUCCCGUACGCUGGGUCCUGAAAUUGGAGGACCGAUUGGAAUGGUGUUCUCCUUUGCAAACGCGUUGGCCUGUGCGCUGAACACUGUUGGUUUUGCAGAAGUGGUUCGUGAUUUGAUGCAUGAAUUUGGUGUCGUCAUGGUGGAUUCAGUAUAUGACGUUCGCAUUGUGGGCGUAAUCACAGUCACGAUUCUUCUUAUGAUUUCUCUGGCUGGAAUGGAGUGGGAGUCCAAGGCCCAGAUUUUGUUCUUCUUAGUGCUUUUGGUGUCCUUCGCAAACUACUUUGUUGGCACCGUAAUCCCUCCAAACGUUGAUAAGCAGGCUAUCGGCAUCUUCGGAUACCGAGGCGAUAUUUUUGUCGAGAACCUCUCAUCAGACUGGCGAGGUCCUCAAGGCAGUUUUUUCCAGAUGUUCGCCAUUUUCUUUCCUGCUGCCAUUGGCAUUAUGUCCGGGGCCAACAUCUCUGGAGAUCUAAAGGACCCUACAAUAGCUAUCCCAAAGGGUACAUUGAUGGCUAUUUUUUGGACAACAAUCAGCUACCUGGGGAUAACAGUAACUGUCGGGUCAUGUGUAGUGCGGGACGCCUCUGGGAAUAAAAGUCACAUCCUGACGGGAAACAACACGGACGGUUGCGUGGGACUGGCGUGUGACUUGGGUUGGAACUUCACAGACUGUAGCCAGUCGCAGACCUGUCAAUAUGGACUCGCCAACAGCGUCAAGGUUCUGGGGCAAGUCUCCGGUUUCUACUACCUCAUCACUGCAGGUGUCUUUGCUGCCAGUUUAUCUUCCGCCCUGGGUUUUCUUGUCUCUGCACCCAAAAUCUUUCAGUGUCUGUGCAAGGACCAAAUAUACCCGUACAUCAUUUUCUUUGCAAAAGGUUAUGGGAAAAACAACGAGCCACUUCGAGCUUAUAUUCUCUGCUACCUUAUUGCUAUAGCCUUCAUCCUUAUUGCGGAGCUUAACACCAUCGCUCCCCUCAUCUCAAAUUUCUUCCUUUGCUCCUAUUGCCUGAUUAACUUCAGUUGUUUUCAUGCAUCCAUCACUAAUUCCCCUGGCUGGAGACCGUCCUUCCACUACUACAGCAAAUGGACGGCUCUGUUUGGAGCGGUCAUAUGUGUGGUGCUGAUGUUCCUGCUCACCUGGUGGGCCGCUCUAGUCACCUGGUGCAUCAUCAUCUUCCUCUUCGGAUACGUCAACUACAACAAACCGAAGGUAAACUGGGGUUCGUCGAUCCAGGCAGGCACAUACAACAUCGCUUUGUCUUCCUCUGUCUCUCUGACCGGAGUGGAGGAUCAUGUGAAGAAUUUCAGGCCUCAGUGUCUCGUCCUGACUGGUCCUCCAAACCAGCGGCCCGCACUGGUGGACUUUGUCUGCACCUUCACGAAGCACAUCUGCCUCAUGAUCUGUGGCGAUAUUAUACUGGAGCAGGACAGGAUGACGCGGCCUGAGGACACCACAGACUGCCUGGUUAAGUGGCUGAACAAGAGGAAGGUGCGGUCGUUCUACACUCCUCUCACGGCUGACAACUUAAGGGCUGGAGCUAAGCAGCUGCUACAGGCAUCCGGUCUGGGUAAACUGAAACCCAACACUCUGGUUCUGGGCUUCAAGACGAACUGGAGGGACAGCGCUCCGGAAAGCAUCGAGGAUUACAUCAACAUCAUUCAUGAUACGUUUGACUCCAACUACGGUUUGUGCAUCUUGAGGAUGAUGGAUGGACUAGAUAUCUCUGAUGAUUUAGAAUUUGAAGUCAACCAGGGCUUUGAGGCCGAUGAAAAUGUGGACAAUCCGGACCAGCAAACCAACGAGGAGGAAACGGCUGAUGACAUGUCUGACGAAGGCAGCAGCGAUCAGAUGAACACCGUGUUUCAAAACAACCAGGGAAAGAAAACCAUUGACGUCUACUGGAUAGCAGACGAUGGAGGUCUGACUCUACUGGUGCCCUACCUGAUCACCAGGAGGAAAUGCUGGCGCCGAUGCAAGGUCCGAGUUUUCACCGUGGGCGACGAACAAAACAUGGAGAAGGGUCGCGAUGAGAUGAUAGCUCUGCUGAAGAGGUUUCGUUUGGACAUUAGUGAUGUUAUAGUCAUGACAGACGUUGAGAAACACCCUCAUCCAAAGAGCUUGAGCAGGUUUGUGGACAGUGUCGCCCCCUUCAGGCUGCAUGAUGAGCAGCAGGAAGGCGUCUCUGUGCAGGAGCUGAGACAAAGCACUCCCUGGAAGAUAUCUGACAAACAAUUUGAGGCCUUUAAGCUGAAGUCUGAGAGUAAGGUGAGGCUGAAUGAAAUCAUUCGGAAGAAUUCGAAACACACCGCUCUUGUUCUAGUGAGCCUUCCAGUUCCUCAAAGCGAUUGCCCCAGCGCUUUGUAUAUGGCCUGGCUGGACACUCUGACGUGUGGCCUUCACUGCCCCGCCGUGUUGAUACGAGGAAACCAACAGAACGUCCUCACAUUCUACUGCCAGUAAAACUAGCGAGGCACCGAUCCACUUUCUUUCGCUUCCGAUAACCAAACACAAGGCGCUCACCAUGACUGUUCUCACCCUCUCUCCCACUGCAUGAAGCCAGGCAGCACAAUGCUGUAAUGUCUACCAUCAUGGCAGACAUUACAGCUGCCACUUUGAACGAACACAAUCAAAGAGCAAUGCGCAUGCUCUGCGUGCUCUUUCGUUCUUGUGUUUUAUUUAUUUGGUAAUUAAAUAUCAAUGUAAAUAAUUAAAUAAAAUAAUGAUAGCUACUGCAGUGUAUGCAGAGCAUUACAAGAACAAAGAACGGCUCUCAGGGAGACUCCAGUCCUAUCUUGUUAGUAAAGAGAAGUUCAGAAGAUUCAGAUUGUUUGUGAAUGUCACAAUGCAAUAAUGUAUAUUGCAGACUUUUGGACACAGUGUUGUCCCAUAUAUGCGACACAUUAGUAGACACCUCCACACAAUAAUUCAGCACAGUGAGUGACUUUUUUUCAUCACAAAUGCUUAUGUGUAUCUUACAGCUAGCUUUGCUAACAUUACGUCAACGGAGUUUACCUUUCUUUGAGCUUCUUUUCUAAGUGACGAAAAAAGUUAGACGUAGUCCCCGCCGCCUGUGAAAGCGAAGCGCUGCUGAUUUAGCUGUCGCCAUCGGAUUUCUUCUGAUUUAUGCAGCGCAAUUCUAUUACUGACGAUUAGACAGACAUCGUCUGCCGCUCAAAGAAAACCACUGCGCAUGUCUCGGAGUGCCACGUGCGAGUGAAAGGUGGGGAGGGGGGUAACAGAAUCACGUAAUUGGUAAGUCACGUUAUUGCUUGGACUUUAAUCGGUGCAUUUUGCAUCCGGUGAAAACAAACACGUUAACAAAUAAACUGGACAGUAUGCUGCAAGUUUAGUGAUAUUUCCACAGUUGCGGUCUUGAAAUAAAAUCCCGAGUCCUCAGCGCCCGAGACCGAGACCAAAUACGGUUGAGUCCGAGACGAGACCUUCUAAAAACGGUCUCGAGACCGGUACUACAACACUGAUGUAUAGAUAUGCAGUAACUCGAUGUAGUGAAUUUAUUAUUCUUCUUGUGGCUCUUAAUUUAGAUUUCAGUUCAACCAAUAGUUGAGUUUCUUGGUUCUUAAAGAGGAAGAGAUGAGAAUCAGACUCAAAUACACAAGAGUGUUUUAUAGGAUCCUGUUAGCCACACAAUCUAGACUUAAAAUGUAAAAACAAACAUCCUGAAGAAGCUUGAAAAGAAGUAUCAAAGAACAUUAGUCCAAAAAAACCCAACAUAUAUGCACAGAAAUGGUUGGGUCAUAAAUUAAAUUAAUCAAUGCCUACUCCAUACAAGAUUUUGCUGACAAUUUUUGUCCCGAUUUUAAGGAAGCUUUGAUUAUCUUGGUGCUCUUGAGAUAAGCUUGAAAUUUAUUCCUGCCAUCUCGUCUUGAGCCAAUACUGUGUAGCCCAGUUAUACCGCUCUAAAGUAGGUAAGGGCCCCUGAGUUCAUUAAACCCGUUAACGUACAAAUAAUAACUCUAAUACACUCUCGUGUUUAAACAUAUGUUAAGUUUCACUCAUCUUAGAGUAAUACUUUUGAACAUAUAUUAAACACAAUAAUAAAUUCACAAAAAUGCUCAAAGUUUCUGCCUUUUGGUUUCACAAAACCUAUGUAAGUUAAUGUGGGCCCACUCUAACUUACAGUGUGUAUAUUUGAUUGUCAAUAUACUAAGCUGGCAAUAACUAACUAAAAUAUAGUCGCCCCCCCCCCUCAAAAAAAAAACCCCGUUGCAGGCCUGAUGUGAUGAUGAAGAGUGGAAUUGGUACCUUACGCCCAAGGGAAAAUCUUGAACCUUCUUGGAAUUUCACCUGUCCUUAGUCCCAGUUGGCAAGAUGUCUUCAGCUCUUCAGUCCCUCGGUCCACAGGAUUCAGGAAACAGCAGGAAAGUCCAACACAGUCACAAAACGCUCAGUGAAAGCUCAUCUCUCUGCUCCAAGCUCAACUCUGGAACGCUCCCACGACGGAAAUCUUAGCUACAUCUUCUGUUAGCCGAGUUAGCUCACAGUACUCAAUGUCGAUUCACUGUGCUAAUGAAUGCUAAUGCGUUAGCGAGCAUUACGUAUGACUUUCCACCUACUGUACAGUGAAUUCCGGUCUGAAAUUAUCACAGUAGCUGCAAACAAGAGUGUAGAGUCUAUAUCUAUUAACAGACUGUCGAGUUGAAAGCCUAAAUAUCUGCAAAAACACUCGUUUCUUAAUAACUCCGUCACGUUUUUUCAGCGCGGUUCAUCUCUUUCCUUUCUCAUUUCUAUAUACUGAACGUUAUUUCCUGUCUCUCCACUCUACUCUCCUAUCACUUCCUGACCCUCAGCCAACCACGGACCAGUAAAGUUGCGUUGCUCUACCCCACUUCCUCUUACAAACAUUAGCCCUUCAAAAUAAAAUAUGAUGAAGAUUACUUUUCUAUAAAAUGGUUUUAAGUACAUUUUUUCAAAAUUCUUUUAACUUAUUAUACCAUAUUACUUAAAGUACCUGUAAGUAAAAAUUUUUGUUAACACUUAUUUAUAACAAUUUUAACAUAUUUAAGCUAACAUGUUUAACACAUUCUGAAUUAUUAUUCAUUCUAUGAACUUAACUCAAUACAAAAUACCUUUUUUUUUUUUUACUGGGUUACAACUGUAGCAAGUGUUCCUUGAGAGACAGGAAGGUUAUUAUCAUUAUAAAAACUUAAAUAUAUUGUAUAUUGAGGGUAUUUCCCUUAUAUUAUCUUUAAAUGCCACAUAAUGUGAAUUGAUGACUUCUGGAGUAAAACGGUUUGACAAAAUCAACCAUUUUCUUUUUGUUUGUCAAUAUUUUUUAUGUGAACUCUUAUCGAUUGAGCACAUACUUUAUGUUGCUGUAGCAAUAUGUAAAUGUUCAUACUGUAAGUACAGUCAUGGGUUGUGUCUAACUCAUAUAUGAUAUACACUUUUUGAUGAUGUGAAAGCUCUGUUAAGGGAACAAAAAUUAUUAUUCAAACAAUAGAAAAUGUCAUACAGUUAAUUCAGCAGUUAAUGGCUUUAUGUGUUUUUCCUGUUUUUUUCUAAUUGUAUAACAAUGUACUAGUACUUGUACAUGUAUAUUUUGGCUGUAUAAUUUUUUGUAAAAUAUUAAAUAGAGAGUUUUUGUUGUGUA